UUUGACGACGAUUCGUUCGAGGCGAUGCGAGUUCACCUCGAUUUCACCCACCAAUGUCCCUUUUCACGUCCUUCUCACCUGCCUCUCUCGUAGCCUUGAAUGUUCUUUUCUUCUAUGGGCUUACGUUUUUGACCUAUUUUAUUAUCCAUGCAUUACCUGUGUCCGCCUUAAGAUCUUGCAUUCUCUUGUCCAUAUGCGCAAGCUAUCUGGUGACAACGCCAUUUAUCCUACCACACCCCGGGCAAUAUGCUCGUUUGUUCAUGACGACAAUUGCAUGGGUAUUUGCCCUUCGGACUUGGGAGAUCCUCAAUAAUGCUGCUCUUGAAUCAUCAAUAAAGGGCAACGUCAGGCACUUUUGUGGAUAUCUACACGCCUUUGUCGACAGAAAGAACCCGCAUCUUCGAGAUCCAGGCGAGCGCCGGGAGCGGUUUUUGAGGAGAACGGGAAGGGGCAUCCUCAAGCUUGUGGGCUUCCACUUUGCGUCCUGCACCGUUCCGUUCCUCAAUGGGUCUGAAGCUGCAGAAUUCUGGGCGGGGACGACUUAUUUAUCACCUUCUCGAUACAUUGCAACCGUGCUAGCAGGCCUGAUCAUGUAUUUAUGGAUGGGCGGUAUCGCGGACGUGUUGUUUUCCAUCAUCGAGUUUCUAUUACGAGUUCGUACACGGGACAUGUUUGAGCGGCCCUACGCGGCUACAUCUCUACGGGCCUUUUGGAGAUGGAGAUGGAAUGGGCCUUUCCAAGAAUGCCUGGCAAGGGCCAUCAUUGGUGGCGGCCCGAACGAAAGAGUGAGAUAUAAUGAAAAAGAAAAGGUGGACGAGGAAAGGAAUGACGCGAAACCUCCUUCGAUGUCCGCAACCAUGCUUGCUGCCUUCAACAUAUUCUUGCUAUCGGGAGUCUUUCACGAGCACGUGAACUUUGUUGCAUUCAAGGAAGUCUCUGCUCAAAAUUGCAUGUUCUUCCUGAUCCAGUUCGUGGGACUGGCUAUGGAGCUGCAGUGGUCUCGAACAAAGAUGUACAAGUCCUUGCCCAAUCCCCUAAGAUGGUGUGCGGUGCUCCUCUUUGCUGCAUUGUCAGGGUCCCUGUUCGUGGCACCUUACAUGCACAAUGGAGGGUUGAAGGCUUUUCCUUUUCCAGAUUUUGGAUGCGUUUCAUGGUGGCCGCAAAUACACCUCUGAGCAGCGGGUAUAUAGAACGUAUUUAAUAUAUAGCGAAUACAAUCUAAAGGUAGUUGCACUAUUCGACGAAUCUGACGACAAUCUGAUCUGCUAUGAACUCGG